AUGCUGAAGUAUGUGUUGUUCUUCUGCGCGACCUUCGCGUAUGUCCCCGUGGGAAUAGAAAGCAGAUUCUUCGAAAAUAUUAUUAAACCGAAAUUGCACUUCGGCCGGCACCCAAUAAAGAAGAAUUUAAAAAAUGGAAAAAAAAACAUAAGCCUGGACAAGCUCGAAAAGAAUAUUAUGAAAAAUGUGGACUCCAUCAACGUAAUGUUCGACCCCAAGGAUAAGAAAUUCGUCCCGUCCAAGUCGAAGAAGGCACACAUAGUUGGAGGUUUCAGCCAGAACACGUCCGACCCGUCAGAUGUUGAAAGAAGCAAAUACGAGAAGGCCCUCCGGUUUCUAGAAAAGAUAAACAGCGAAAUGAUCGUGUAUUCCACUAAGAUUACCCGAGAGUUAGACAGCCAGGAUUACAAGACCCUAAGCAACUUCAAGCGCGCUUCGGCUUUACUGAAGGAGAGUUUAGCGACCAUGCAUUCUCUGGAUGUCAUUAGAAAUGAUAAGACAGUGGACUUCAGUAAAUACAACCUGGACUGGUACUCCAAGGCAUCCCUGAAGGAAAAGUACGAGACUGAAAAGUACAUCCACAGGAUCAUGAAUAAGCUUUUCAUAAAGGCGAGCAAGAAGAAAAAAAACGUUCAGAAGAAGAAAAUAGAUGAGAACAUCGAACAGCUGGAGAACGACCUACUUAUGCAGCGAUUCGUGAGCGAAAAUAUGAACGUUAGCAAGCUGCUGAAGGAGCACGAAGGGAAAUCGCCAAAUUAUAUUGCCCCCAUGCACUCGGAUGUCUGUGGGCAAUUGGGGAGCACAUUCCUGAGCUUCAUGUUCGAGAAACUAUUUAAAAGCGCAAUGAGCCACGACAUCCCCCACUUCAAGCAGUACCUGCCUCGUCUCAAGCAGAGGAUUCAUAAUAUGGUCCACAAGGGAACGCUCAUACUGCUGGAGAAGGGCCUUGAUGAUGCUCUGCACACCUUCAAGCUCAAGGUUGCGGAACUCAUGCAGAAAAAGUUCGGAUUUGUGGACAUGUGCUCCAGCAAGUGUGUUGCCGAAACGGUUAACGCGAAUUACGACUUGGAGGAAUACAAGAACGAGUUCAAACCGACUAACACGUCUCAGAGGAGGGCUGACAUGGUGAAGAUGCUAAUGUACUACUACCGAGAUAAACUGAACAACAUCGAAACGACGGCAGAUUUUUUGCUGAUCAUGUUGCUAUACCUGAAUUCGGCCACGGAGCACACGAAGAAGGGGUUCAUCGAUGUCAGCGCCAUUAGCACCACAGACAAGUUUAACCUGCUCAACACGACCAUUGAUAAGAAGAAGAAGGUGAAGAAGAACAAGCGGAACAGCUUCCUGAAGAUCGCCCCGUUCAACUUCUUCCGAGAAGAGCCAGACGAAAAGUAUGGAAAUGAAUCCAUUUUUGCAAUUGACGAUAUAAUUAAAACGUGUCUGUUGGCAAAGAAGUCCCAGAAUUUUAGCUCCCUAUACGAGACCACGAAAGAGGUGUGGAACAGCAUUCAGGAUAUCUACUCUGCGUCUUAUGGGUUCGUUGCUUCUAAGAAGCUGAAGACCAAAAGCUUCGUCACCUCGAGGAUCAGAAACGUGGGUUUCGUCUUCAACUGGUUUAACUAUAAUAUGAAACCCAGUCCGCAUGUGAACUUCCUGGUGCAUAACUUUUCGCCUCUCAUUUCUGUGAGCCUCCAGUUGGCCUUCUUCAUCAGUACGAUGAUCGAGCAGUACGAGUCCAGCUUCCUAAGCAAUUUCUCCUCGACGCUGAAAAAGAUAUUCACCCUAGGGGCCAGCUCAGCGCACCCCAAGAAUUAUGGCGACCUGGUCAGCUUUUCCGAAACGGAUUACCUUCUCAGACAUUCGAAAGCGGAUAAAGCACAGAGGAUAAUCACACAGACAGUGAGGAUGCUCAAGAAGAAGUUCCUCUCCCUUCCGUACACCCCUACUCUCCUGGCACAGUACAUCUCUCUCUUCCUAUCUCUGUGGGUGUUCGAAAAUGAGAAAAGCAUAAGUCUGGAAAACCCGAAUGUCACUAGGUUUAAGAAGUUGUUCUUCCUGUCCUACUUCGUUCACAACUCGGGCCCCGCCGAAAAGGCAGUGGAAAUUAUCUACGACAGAUGCAAAGGCAAAACGGACAAAAUAGUUCUAGGGUGCAUACACGACUAUGGAGGAGCGAAGCAAAAGAAGAUCCUUGGCAUUAUAAAAAAAAAGUGCAGACCCACGAGAAUCCCCAUCCGGAAGAGAAGCAUUAGAAAGAUCAUUAAGACCCUCAUGUCUUCCUUAACCGAUCCAGUGGAUAUUCUGAAAAUAGCUGUGGACACUGCCACAAGAUGUGAUCACUUCAGCCGCAGUGCUUCCAUGGAUAACAAAAAAAAAAAAAAAAAUAAAAUCAACUAUGAUCUGUUUGUGAAGUCCGAGUUGUCCUUCCGUUACAUCUGCGCCGACGUGACCAAAAAAGUGGUGAAGAAAAUCAUCAGGGACGUGUCUCGAUUGAAGAACAUGAGCGAAGCCCAGGAAGUAAUCGACCAAUCACUCAACAGCGUGCAGUACCUGAAAAUCAGAAACUACCGAGACAAGGAAAGCAGCACAAGCAUUUUCUGUCCCUUCAUGGAAGCAAACGACAAGCACAUCCGGGACUUGGAGCGGAAGCAAAUUUCCAUCUUCGUUCACAAGAACGUGGGAAUACUAAACUUGCUCAAGGGGAAGGUUGCCAACGUUUUUAAAAAGUCGAUAAAAAUACGCGAAGGCAUCAAAACGGACAGCCCCAUUUCGAUCAAAGUUGGAACGAGAAAAUUCAAUGGCUUUCUCUUCACCGGAGGAUACCAACUAAACGUGGACAGCUUUGAGCAAGAAAACACACUACACAUUGGGCUGUCAAAAUCGAGGAAGGUCUACGAUGGGCGACAAUUUGUCGACGAGUUAGAAAUCCUGAAGCCAGAUGGCGUCAAGCGGAUCGAAAUGAAGGGAAUCGACGAGGACAACGAGAGAAUUUAUGUCUUGCAGGAUAACACCAAGGUUCCUGAGUUCGAAUACGCGAUCCUUUACCCUAGCGCGGAUAUCAUCAUUUUUGACGGAAACAACUACGUCUCUUCUUCCGCCAUUCGGGACAUGGGCCUGGAAUAUGAAAGAAUCGUCUGGGCCGGACACGCAGUGGGCUGGGUAGCAGAGUUCGCCCUGGGAACCAUAUCAGAAAAUCCACUCCCCAUUUUCGAUGGCCACGCGUGGGUGCUCCUGGACAAAUUAAGCGUUAAGAGCAUUUUAGGCGAGUUUUUACCGAGGGACGUGCGGGGCAGUCUCCUCGCAAGCACCGUCAAUUUCAUCAUCCUGAACAAGGAAGGACGCCAGAUCUUAAAGAACACCACACCGGUCGUGAGUCUUAAGCACGCCACCUUCACCCUGAGCGGCAUAUUAAACUUCGUCAUUCGGGCCGAAAAGGGAAAAGGGAACGAAAUUAUCGUAUACACAAGGAUACCAUAA